AUGGACGUAGUUUUUCAAGUGACAGCAACUUUUAUCGUUUCAUUGUUGAACUUCUAUUUGGGGUUCAUUGUUACAUGGCCGUCGUAUGCUCUACCCAUAUUAGAGUCCAAUACAACUGGUCCUCAACUUUUAGGCAGAGCUCUCACAAAACAGGAAGGUAGUCUGCUCAGUUCCAUCAACAUGGUCGGCUCAGUGGUAGCAGUGCUGUCUGGUGGAUUUAUAUCUGAAAUGAUUGGAAGAAAAAGGAGCGAAAUAUUAAGCGCACUUUGUUUUUUGCUAGCAGCAGCUUUGAUAGUGACUGCCAAAACUCCAAUACAGAUAUUAAUAAGCAGAUUAGUGGUCGGGUACGGAGGGGGCCUCCAUGUGGUCGUGGUGUAUGUGUUUAUCAACGAAUUCUGCCAACCCUCCAUCAUUGGGAACAUGUCCUCGCUGACGAUCUUCGCUUUCACCAUCGGUGGGAUCUGCUCCUACCUCUGCGGUUCUCUGCUCUCCUAUGAAGUCAUAAGUUAUGGCAUGCUAAUUUUCUCAGUUAUUCUGGUCAUCUUCAUGUGUUUCAUCAAGGAAUCGCCGGAAGCAUGGAAUUCAUUGAAAUUCUAUCGGAAUGGAGCAACAGAAGACGUUGAACGAGAGUUCGCAUGCCUCAAGACAUAUCGCGAGACGAAUAAUAAACAACAAUGUUCGUUUUUAGAGGAGAGUAAAUCACAAUCUACAGAAACAAACGUGUUUAACAUUUUACGCACAUCCAAGGCGGCUAGAACAGCCUUAAUUACAGUUACUAUACAUAUUGUGUUACCAAUUUUUAUGGGCACAUUACCUAUACAAGUGUUCGCCGCGGAGUUCUUCUCUAAAGCCGCGCCAGAUCUAUCACACAAUCUGUGUUCUAUCAUUUUAGGAGUAGUAAUAUGUAUGGGCAGUGGGGUUGCCUCAUUUAUUACAGAUUUGGUGGAUCGGCGGAUUCUGAUGUGCACGUCAUGUGUGGUUUGUACAGUCUGCUUAUACCUGCUGAGUACUUUACUGUUUUGGUCAUGGGCACCGAACUGGGUGAUCCUGGUUAUCAUACUUCUAUUCUGUUCUAUGCAUCAAGUGGGAGCAUCUAAUAUUCCAUUUGUACAGAUUGCUGAAUCAUUUCCACCUGAGAUGAAAUCGUUUGCUUCUACUGUGGCCAUGACUGCAUUAUGUUUAGGGAACUUUGGCGUGAUAACACUGUAUCGAUUUAUCGUUGAAAUAUUCGGCCUGAGCGGGACCUUCUUCCUGUUCGGGACCGCUGGGUCCCUCACCACUGUGACGUCAUACUAUAUAAUGAAGGAGACGAGAGAUGUGAAUUUUGAAGUCAUACAUGCUAUGUACGAGCAAGGAAUUUAUGAUGAUGGUAUCCAGGUCGAAGAAGAAGAAGGUGAAGGUCAAUCUGUCUUGGUACAUUGCUAG